CGGACUUUUGAGUCCCUAACAUGCGUGGGUAUUUGAAGUUUAGGGACUGUCAAAGUUGUGCAAUUUUGUUGAUUGGUACGUGUACGUGAGAUCGUCCGAAAUGAAGACUUGCCUUUUGUACUGUAGUUACUUAAAGUUUCUAGCAUUCCUCACUGACAUAUCUCAUAUUUUUUAACAUUUUCCAAAUAAAUACUAGGUUAUCAAAGCAUAAGAAUCAUCUCCAUGAGACCAUAAUUUAUGGAGACCUUUGAACGACCCUAAGCUCAUAUUAAGAGUACCCAUCUAAUAACUAGGAUCAAAUGAGGUUUAUAAAUCAACGCUAACUAGAUUAUGGUGAUACAAAUCAAUAACAGACGAUUCAUAUAGUUAGACAAUAUGUGUUGUGACCCAAAUUAAUGGACUAUAAAGAUUAAAGAGUCGCAAUAAGCAACGACCUCAAAACUACGAGUAAAUGCAAGACUGCCGCUGCUAAAGGCUUUAGAGUCACAUGUGCUGUUAUGUUAUUUCAUUGCCUGGAUGAAGAAUAUUUAGUGUUAUACCCGACUUUUAUGAGACCGCAUUCGGAGUAUGGGAUCCACGCAACGAGUCCUUUUUCAAGUAUGGAUCAGAUAUGCUAAGAUCGGUCCAACGGCCUGGGACCAAAAUAGCAAAAGAUCUCUGGUCUAUCUUACAUAGACACACUGAGAUGGCCCAACCUGUUACCGUUAUCAUAUUUCAGAUAAAGGGGUGAUCUAAUAAUGGCUUAUCGUUUACUGAGUGGUGAUCUUCGUAUUAUUAUUGUCUUAUCUUGUCCUUCCAUCUAGGACCGAUCAUCUGAAAGGACAUGCUAAGGAAGUUCAAAACCGAGAUCGAAUAAUUUACGUCCGGAGUUCGGUUUCUCGCUCCGAGUAGUGAAUUGCUUCAAUUCUCUACCAGAACACGUAGUGACAGCACCUCCUGUUGAUACAUUGAAAGCGAGAUUACACCUUCACCAUGCUACAAACCAAAAGGAUUAACGUAGGUAGACAAACUUCCCUACUACUUGACUGAAAAUAUUGAGUUGUCGUUAGUAGCGUACAUAUUAAGUAUGCCUGUCCACUUACAACUACAUUUCAAGUAUAUACCCUUGGUUGGUAGUGACAGGAGAACGUGCUUAUUGUGUGAAAAAACCCAGGUAGCCUCGGAAGAUUAGGGUCCACUAGGAUUUUAUCGUUUACUGUACUAGUGAAAAUCAGUUUUUUUUUAAUAAAAAUAAUCGUAUCAUUCAUCUUUAGGUGGUACCGAAGAUGAAUUUUACAAACACUUGGAUCUCAUUUCAGUCCGAUUGUCUUGACGGAUAUUGUUAACAUUGACUACAGCAAUUGAAUACAUAACUGAGUUAGAUCCAAGGCUAAUUAUCAUUCAACUAAGGAACGCCCCCAAAUGCCCUGGUACGGUCUAGAGUGGGGAGAGUUCGCUCUCCCUCUCGAAAUGCUCUCAUAUGGCCACGCCUAUAUAGCCUCUGCCAGGGAAGUCCUACUCACUGCCUUCUCGUGGCGGGGAUGUUGUUUACGAAAAUGAGAGGACGAAAAGCGAAUGUACGGCGCUUUAACCGGAUUCCAAACCAAUGGCGCACAUGGGCUGGCUCCAGUAUCCUGCGGGAACAAAUGGCGUAUGAACCAAUUCCUUGGUCACCGGCUUCCAUGGGACUGCAUCUCCUUACGAUGCUCCACUGCCUUGUGGAUCAGACCUUCAGGUCGAAGGCUCGGCGUGUGGCUCCCUAAGAAAACCACCUGCUUCGGUUUGGGCAUCCGGGCAGUAUCACAGCCCUCUUACAUAUCGAAUGAGAUUUGUGUGGCGCAUAUGUAUUUGGUGCCUCCUUGUACCAAUAUCUAUGUGUUAAAAUAAAAUAAAUAACAACUAAGGUACGGAGACAAUCAGUUGCUAGGUAGAAAUAAAAUAUAUGGUUGGGCCCAAGUGCACUGGAUCAUGUCGUCGCACAUCAUAUCAGUACAGAGAAGAUUAAUGGGAUAACAAAUGAGAAUGUGAACUUAAUAAUUCGGACAUUGGUUUAAACUAUGUAUCUUUUUUGACGAUGACUUGGAUUAAUUGAACUAGGCCUCAGAGAUAUUCAACAUAUGCCUACUGGAUUCUUGGGGAUUGAUGAAAAAAGUAGGAGCAACUAUGUUUUCUUUCAGAAUUGGACAAAUUUAUUUUGUUAAUUUGUCAGGCUGAUGAAGCUUUUUAGCUUGUACAUUAUUGGAUCGAAAGGAAUGACGUGUUCACCAUAUUAUGCAAACAUUACAUCUAUCGCUUUGUUUAAAGCUACGAAGAAAACCGAUUUUUUACCAAGUCUUUUUCAGUAUUCUGUAUUCGAUAAUCCUUUUUUAAAGAAAUAUAGAAUGUUUUGCGUACAUUGGUUUGCCCGUAGACUUUCAUUUUUCUCUCUAAUCAUUUCAUGAUAAUUUUUUCGUUAUCGUAUAGAAGACAUUAUGCAAAAGAUAUUUGUGAAUAGUUACAUAAACUUGUAUGGUGUUUUCGGUAACUAGGAUUUUCUCGCUAACAAGAACGCAAAUUUGAUGCAAUAGUGCUUUAUGCCUGCGCGAUCGAUCUGGUUUUCAACUCGGAUUCGACAAUAUGAAAUGUGAUGAGUCUAUAAACCAGACGUACCACUUGGCGGCUUGGUCAUGGAAUCGAUUAUCUAGAUCGGUUAUAGUGGAAUUGGUCGCCACUGUAUUAUGUAUAUACUUCAUUUUCCGUUUCGCUGCUUUGUAUGAGUCUGAGACUACACUUAUGUCUAAGUUGAUCAGUACUCUUCAACAAUUAUCAAAUUCUUUAGAUGACCAUGUAAGUUAAAAACCCAUAUUUCAGCUGGUAUUUGUCGUCAUUAUAUUGACUGAGGAGUACCAAACACAUUUUGAUUCUGAAAUAAACUAAAACUGCAAACUCCAGACCAUUGGAUUUUGGUUGCUCAUCAGUAAUAUGUCUGUCAUGAAGCUUGAAUGUCUUGUGUUCGAUUUCAGCGUAUUGUCAUAGGCUAAAACGAAGCACUAAGAUAGCGUUAAUUGAUCUAAGAUAGCCCUCGACUUUUUAUUUAAAGUUAAUGUAAUGUAUCAAACAUAUUAAAGUGACCAAUAAAUGUAGCUUUAGCUUUAGUUUGGAAACGCUCCCAAAUGCCCUGGUACGGUCGAGAGUAGGGAGAGUCAGCUCUCCCUCUAGAAAUGCCCUCACAUGGCCACGUGAAUACCACUGCCAGGGAAGUCCUACUCAUUACCUUUUCGCGGCAUUACUGUUGUUUACGAAAUUGAGAGGACGAAAAGCAAAUGUCCGGUUCUUUAACUUGGUUGGUGAGUACGGAAGAUCCACCUAGAGGAGUCGGAAAACCCUGAUUCCUAACCAAUGGUGCACAUGGGCCCCAGGAUCCUAAAGAAACAAAUGGCAUAUAAAUCUAUUGUUUGUCGCCGGCUAUCAUGGGACUGUAUCUCCUUGGGCUAACCCACUGCCUUGUGGAUUAAACCGUUGGGUCAAAGGCUCUGGGAGUGGCCCCCUAAGAAAAUCAUAUGCUUCGUCUUGGGUACGCGGAAAGUAUCAUAGUCCUCUCACAUAUCGAACGAUUUGUUUGGCACAUAUCUAUUUGGUGCCUUCUUGUACCAUUAUUUGUGUGUUUAAAUAAAUAAAUAAAGUUUGGAAACAGUUACAUGGAAUGAAGAACUAAUAGGUGCUUCUGUAGAGCUCCAACACACCAUGGAUUGUUGUUCUCCGCCAACAGACGUUCAACAGCUUGUUGUACGUUUUAACUCUGUAACAUGUAUUUUGUCAUUUUGAUCGCAAACAUUAGUGGUGGACGAUCUAUAAAAGCUGUUGGUUGUGAAAUAUCUAUUUGUAUAAGAUACUACGCCGAAUAGUAUUUAAGCUCCUAGUGUAUUCAACAGAACUGAUGUAACUAGUAAUUUUUAUAAUAAAGAAAAUUAAGUAGGGCUAAGAUUCUAUGUUUUCAUACAAGUAAAAAGUGCCACCAUUUGCUAAGCCAUUCUGUGUUGAUAAAGAAAUCAUCCUCGAAAGUCUCGUAUCCUUAUUGAUAUUCGUAACCAUUUCUCAGGAAAUAUACUAUUUUAAUAUUCGCUUAUACAACAUAUUUUUAAUAAAGUAAUGAUACUACAAAACAAACAUUGACACUAAGGAACAACAAAGCAAUUAAAAUGCUGUAACGGUAUUAUGAAGAAGUAAAGGAUAAGACAAUACAUGGUUGAGAAAAGUAAUUACUUUGGACUUAUUAAAAUUUUUUCUCAUGUUAUACAGUUAUUAAGUCCAAAAGAAUAAAAAUUUGCAACAAACUAAUCAUCAGUUUUAAACUGAAAAUUGGUCGAGUAUAGUUUAUGCUGUUUUGUCUCUUACCAUAAAGAAAUUAAUCGUUAGAUGGAUGGAGUCAGUAGAAAGGAAGUCCUGAGCUUAGGUUUCAUGUUAUUUGGCACUCGUCAGCAAAGUGUAUUUGCAGGCUUGUGAUAACGGAUGUUUCCCAUAGGAUUUCAACCCUCACCUUUCAGGGUAACAGGGACGUUGUCAGUCGGCUAUUCUAGUCGUGACAUGUAGACGCUGCAUACAAUAUUGCGUCAUUUAGACCUGCAACCAUAUUGGAACUUCGUCGACAGAAUGCAAUCAGGACCAUGAACUAUAUAAACAUGAUAUUCGUUAUAAUUCAGUAAUCAAUCACUGAAAACCAGAAUUACAUGACAUACUGUCAUUGAUGCUUGCAUCACAGGUUCAGUCUGUUGAAAGCCCUUAGCAAACUUUGCAUUAAUGUAAAUAUAUUUAGUAUAAUUCAUGCAUAGUACCUUCUGCUCCUAUAACCAUUUCUCAUUCAAGCAAUAACUAAGGGUAGUUGUGUUUCAUUAACUUAUAAAAAUAUCCAGUUCAUAGCUUUAUUCUUACCAUACGUUUCUGAAAUGAAGUUUUGUAUCUCAAAUGAUUUUUGGGCCUCUUGUAUUCUCUUUGCCAAGUGGCUUUUCUACAACCUCUCACUGUUCACCUCAACAACGCCAUCAGCAUUUGCUUCACGUGCAGUUAAACUGUUAACAAUUUCAUAAGAGCUAAAUUCGUCUGUUUUGAUGUACUUGUUUGUUAAUAAUUGUCUGUUAAGGUUUUGCCAGCUUCAUUUGUCUUUUUGUUCUUGUUAACUGUUUUGGUCGAUUGAUCCCUUGCCAAACAAUUAGUUGAUCGCUUUUAAAUAGGUUGGCAAAUAAGAUCGAUUUUGAUUUACCUACCGAUUGCAGACUGACCUGAGUCCCAUGUUUUUGGAAAUUUCCUUUGAAUUUCCUCGAUCAAGAGUUUAGUGUUUUUCUAAACAAAUUCGUGCCCCCGGUUGUCUCUGUGUACAUAUAUAAGUGAUGAUAUUUCAUGGAGUAUUAGUGCUAGUUUAUGUUCUGGUAUGAGUAUAUAAAAGAGUUACCCACUUUAUCCAAAAUAAUACUUGUUGCAAUUAGUGGAAUCUAUUCGUCGAUAAUGUCAUUUAUUUUCUUUUCCUGUUUUGUCUUUGAGUCUGUAUAAAAUGAGAUAAUCAACUUCUGUUGGUACGUGAGCUACUUUGUAUCCGAAGGGCUUGAAGGUCAUUUUGGUGACUUCUGAAAUGUUAAUCCCAUGUUAUAGGACAAUUUGUUUUCUGGUUUAUGAGGAUAAUUUUGUGCGCUGAUGUGUUCACUUGCUAGACAAUUUUUGAUGAAUCACGAUGACCAUUUUUACUUGAGAUAAACAGAAGGCGGUCUGUAAAUCUGUGCAUUGGAUUGGAAAAUUUUUUUAGAACAGAUCAUUGAGUUCUCCCAAACGUUACCACUCCAGAGAUAACCGUCCGUACAUAAGGUCAUCAAAAAAAGAGUAUUUAGCACCUUUGGAAUAAUUGAACGGCUCAUUUGUACAUGAACUAAGCGCUGAGGGUUUUACCUAAACGACAAUGAAAGUUUCACUAGAAAAUCACUUAACCCAGAGGAUGGAACGAAGCUUAUGUACACGUUCACAAACCAGAUAAUAAUAUUUUAGACGUACUCUUUUCUUCGAGAAAUAACCUGGGUUUACAUCAUUAUUUUUAAUUGUCUCUUGCAUGUAAUAAUUUGUAUUGUCUUUUUAUUGAAAACUACAGAUAAUGUUGCAAAUGGAACUUCAUUCAAAACUGAAGAGGACAAACGUGCCACCUGAUAAAGUUACUAUUCCAGUUUUAGUGAUAGCUUGUAAUCGUCCAACUGCUAGUCGUCCUAUUGAUAAACUAUUACAGUUAAAAUCCGAAAUGCUGAAGCAAAACAAUUUUGAAUUUCCGAUUUUCGUUUCACACGCUUGUGAUGACCAUGCUACUGAAAAAGUUUUACGUUCCUAUCAGGAUAGCAUUACUGUCAUAAAACCAAAAGCCCCGUUAAUUAAUCCAGUUCAAAGCUCUUCUCUUAAAGUAUUUGAAGGUUACAGACAUGUUAGCCAUCAUUAUAAAUGGGCUUUAGAUCAAAUUUUUAUGGCACAUAAUUAUUCGACUGUAAUAAUCGUAGAAGAUGAUCUGGAUUUGGCUCCAGAUUUUUUAAGUUAUUUUGUUGGUGCAUACAAUCUUUUAACUCAGGAUAAUACACUUUUCUGUGCAUCUGCCUUUAAUGACAAUGGGCGACUUCAGUUAAUCGAUAUUACACGUCCCGAAUUAUUAUACAGGAAGUAAUUUCCUACAGGUGUAAUUCUAAACUAUUAUCUGGACUUCCGAGCACAGAGUCUUAACUUAGCCAAAGUCAGAACAAGUAAGCUAUUUGGUUUGAUAAAAUUUAUCUGUUUCUAAAAUGUAAAUUAACACUGUUAGUAUACAAAAUAAACAAUUCAGUCUAUUAAACACGGAAAAGUAGAGAAAUAAAUAACAUACCGAACAGUAAUUAGAGGAUAGGAAAAAUGAGUCAACAAGCGAGUAGUUUUAUAAUGAACAUAAAAUUGUGAUGGGUGAAUAUAUAUAUAUAUAUAUAUAUAUAUAUAUAUAUAUACUUAAACAGGAGUUCAGUUGUUCACAGAAUAACCUUUGUUGCAUAAUAUUCAUGUGUAGCAUCUAUUUAAAUUUUCAACUUUUUCCCAUAUUUAUCAAAACGAUCUAGUUUUUGUUUUAUGCAAUAAGGUUUUUUAAAGGAAACGAAUAAGUGUAUAAAUAAUAUAUGCAUAUGCAGAGUUUCCAGCUGAAAAAAUAAUAACAUUGAAGUAAUGCACUUAAUUUUAUUUUCUCCCUGAUUUAUUGUGUUUGUAUUUUACUCUUCUCACUAUCAGAACUGAUUUCUUUCCUGGUUUGGGUUGGAUGUUAUUGAGAAAAUUUUGGCUAGAAAUCCGUAAAGGAUGGCCCGAUAUAUACUGGGAUGAAUAUAUACGUAAAUCUUAUGUACGUAAAGGUCGAGCUUGUAUUCGACCAGAAAUUAGUCGUUCUAUUACAUUUGGACGAGAAGGUAUAUCUCAUGGUCAAUAUUUUGAUAGUCAUUUAAAAUAUAUUAAGUUAAGUAGUGCAAAAAUCAAUUUUCAACAGCUAGAUUUAUCAUAUUUGAAAGAAGAUGUUUAUCGUGAUGAAUUCAAACAACUAGUUUAUGAAGAUUCAGUGGAAAUGAGCUUUAAACACUACAUGAAUAAUCGCAGUUCAUUACCACACAAUUCAAAAUCUAUCCGAAUAACAUAUGAAACUCGAAAAGAAUUUGAAGAAAUUGCGAAAGCUUUAGGAAUUAUGUUUGAUUUCAAAUGUGGUGUAAGUCGUAAUGCCUAUAUGGGGGUGGUACCAGUGUUUGUGAAUGGUCAUCGUUUGUAUAUUGCCCCACCUUCCAAUUGGUCAGGUUAUAAUGAAUCAUGGGUAUAGCGAAAGUUUUUUCUCACAAAAUUACUUUAUUAGGAUGAAAAAAGCUCAUUCGUUAUUCUUUUCUUAGUAACUUAUGAAAUGUUUUCUACCGUUUCUUUCUACUUAUUAUUUACCUUACUUUUUUGUUCUUGCAUAAGACCUUUGUUUCUAAAAUGAUGAAAUUAUGGGAAACACGAAAUAUUCUGUAUAUUGUUCCAAUUUCUGCACAUGUAUAUUGCUAUGGACACAUGGAAUUGUAAAAUUUUCUGUCUUACAUUAUUUCAGUGCUCUUGCAUUGUUUCUUUUUACUGGUAGAUGUGUAUGUAUGUAUUAUUAAGUGAUUAAAUAGUUCCUUAUGUUUUCUGAAUUCUUUUGUAUUUCUAUGGAUUGUCCACCUGUAUUUUGAUGAACAAUAUAAAAUUCUCUAUAAUGAUGUACAUAUUUAUGUGAUAUUAUUUGUUAUUUUCUUGUAUCAUAAAUGAAGUAAGUAAACGAGUGUAAGUGAUUAAUUCUCAUUGAGUAGAUUUAUUUUUAAAAAGUUUUUUCCCAGUGUAACCAAGAAAAAAGAAACUCAGAAUAUAACUAUGUCGUUAUUAACUAUUUACACAAUAUAUUAUUUCAUAAUUGUACAUUUUUAUUCUUUUCUAUUUGCCUUCUUGAUAAAAAAAGAAUGUUCUACCAUAUAUGUUUUCAUGAAUUCAAGAUGAAGUAGAUUUGUCAAUUAUUGUUUGGUUUGUUUAUGUUUAUAUUUCCUAUGAAGAAGAUAAAAAGUUGAUGUUUUUUUUGUUUUCCACCCACCGAACUCUUAAAUUCCAUUGCAACAUAAUAGUCCCUAAUAAUUAAUGGCCUAGAGUGAAUUAUGAAUUAUAAGACGGUGCAUUUUAUGUUGAAGGUUAUUUACAUCGUUUUCAAUAUUCACGAAGAAUAUUAUGCUAAACACUGUUAUUUUUCUGUUCAUUUAAUGGAUAAAUAUCACAUAUUAAAUUCUGAUUUUUACUAAAAAUUACAUUUCAGUCAUUUAAAGUUAUCAUUUUAGUUGCCUGCCAUGAGCAAAUAAUUUUAGCGACCUUCCUACAUACAGGAUAAAAUACACAAAUGUUUUAAAAUUUCCAGUGUAAAUUAUGCUCAUUUACCCACUGAAUGGACAGAAAAAUGACCACAAGUGCUGAGUAUAACAGACUGGAAGUUUUUUAGAAGUGUGUAGUUAAACUAGUCUUUCUGUUGUUGCCCUGGUACGGCCGAAAGUGGGGAGAGUCCGCUCUCCCUCUCGAAAUGCUCUCACAUGGCCACGCCUAUAUAGCCUCUGCCAGGGAAGUCCUACUCACUGCCUUCUCGUGGCGGGGAUGUUGUUUACGAAAAUGAGAGGACGAAAAGCGAAUGUACGGCGCUUUAACCGGAUUCCAAACCAACGGCGCACAUGGGCUGGCUCCAGUAUCCUGCGGGAACAAAUGGCGUAUGAACCAAUUCCUUGGUCACCGGCUUCCAUGGGACUGCAUCUCCUUACGAUGCUCCACUGCCUUGUGGAUCAGACCUUCAGGUCGAAGGCUCGGCGUGUGGCUCCCUAAGAAAACCACCUGCUUCGGUUUGGGCAUCCGGGCAGUAUCACAGCCCUCACACA